ACUGAUAUGUAGAAUAAUCGAAGGGGAAAGGAAGAAGCAAAGCAAACGCUGUGGAAGUGUUGUUCUUCUUCUCUCUGAACCAUUCAUUCCUCUCUCAUUCACAUCAUAACAUGCCCUCUGCUCAGGAUCCAUUUUACGUUGUCAAGGCCGAGAUUCAAGAUUCUAUUGAUAAGUUGCAAUCUACCUUUCACCAAUGGGAAAGAACUUCUGAUGCUGUGGAACGAGGACAUCUUACGAAGGAGGUUGUUGCUGGAUGCGAAAGCUUAGAAUGGCAGGUGGAUGAAUUGGAUAAAGCAAUUGCUGUAGCAUCUAGAGAUCCUUCUUGGUAUGGCAUUGAUGAAGCAGAGGUUGAAAGCCGGAAGAGAUGGACAAACACUGCUCGUACUCAGGUUGGCACAAUGAAGAAAGCAGCAGAAGCUGGAAAAGGAUCAAGUACAAUAAACCAUGCUAGUGUAAAUGGGAUGCGUCGAGAACUCAUGAAGCUACCAAAUUCUCAUCAAACCAAUGCAUCCAACCAGUAUGCUUCCCAAGAUAAUGAUGAUUUCAUACAAUCAGAAUCAGAUAGACAGACGCUUCUUAUAAAGAGACAGGAUGAGGAAUUGGAUGAGCUUAGUGAAAGUGUACGGAGAAUUGGAGGUGUUGGACUUACAAUACAUGAUGAACUUGUUGCACAGGAAAAAAUUAUAGAUGAACUCGGUACCGAGAUGGACAGUACAACAAAUCGUCUUGAUUUUGUCCAAAAAAAAGUGGCAAUGGUUAUGAAGAAGGCUAGUGCAAAGGGCCAGAUCAUGAUGAUAUUGGGUUUGUUGGCCCUGUUCAUCUUCCUCUUCAUCUUAGUAUUCUUCACCUAGGCGUUGAGAUGGGACCAAAAUCUGCGCUGUUUGUACAUGAAAAGAGAGAUCAUUUUUUGUUGAGAUGCAAGAUUAAUAAUGGAAAUGCAUUUUGUCUAUUUCUGAGGUAGUAGAAAGUUCUGAUUGUGAUGAAAACCUGAAGCAAUGUACUUAAAAGGUUUAUAAUAGGAAUAUAGGAUUUUGAUUCUGCACACUUUGGAUUACGUAAAUGAUGUUAGUCACAUUCUUUGGUUAACAUAAAUCAUUUUAUGCUCCGUGUAAUGUUU